GGCACUCGGUUCUCCUGCCUCGGCUCUAUUGCUCCGCGAAGCCGGGGGAGAGGAGAAGAAAACCCCGGAGCUCAGCCAUGGAGUGUUGAGGACGAGCUCCCCCGUUGGAAAAUAAUUUACCACCGUCAUAUACAUGACCAAAGAAACGAGACCGGCAACGAGCAACGCAGGCGUAACAAUCAUGCAAUUUAAGUACCGACGAAUUUGAGCAGAACCGCUUCUUCUUCAAGGUUACACCGCUUGAAGACGCCCCGGCAUCGUCCCCACCACAUCCCCGUCACCUUACCAGACGACUGUAUCGACCAUGUCCGUGGAGGAGCUGGGAUACCCCGACGCUAUGCUGCUGCUGGAAGCCGGGCCGGAGUGGAUGCGGGCCGAGAUCGAGCGUCUCGCCCGAGAGCUGAGUGAGACCACGAGCGAGAAGAUACAGGCGGCGGAGUACGGGCUGGCGGUGCUGGAGGAGAAGCAGCAGCUCAAACAGCAGUACGACGACAUGGAGAUGGAGUAUGAGGCCGUGAGGCAGGAGCUGGACCUGCUCAAACAGGCCUUUGGACAAGCCUACUCCAACCACAGGAAGGUGGCAGCCGACGGGGAGAGUCGCGAGGAGUCUCUGAUUCAGGAGUCGGCCUGUAAGGAGGCCUACUAUGAGCAGAGGGUCCUGGAGCUGCAGACCGAACUGCGCCAGGCUCGCAACAUCCUCGCCAACACCCAGUCGGAGAACGAACGUCUGAACUCCAUCUCCCAAGAGUUGAAAGAGAACAGCCAGAUGGUGGAGCUCCAGAGGAACCAGCUACGCGACGACAUCAAGGAGUACAAGUUCCGGGAGGCUCGUCUCCUGCAGGACUACACCGAGCUGGAGGAGGAGAACAUCUCGCUGCAGAAGCAGGUCUCCGUGCUCAAACAGAGCCAGGUGGAGUUUGAGGGUUUGAAGCACGAGAUCCGUCGUCUGGAAGAGGACACUCAGUUCCUCAACAGCCAGCUGGAGGAUGCCAUCCGCCUGAAAGAGAUUGCCGAGCGUCAACUCGGCGAGGCCCUGGAGACCAUCAAGACGGAGCGCGAGCUGAAAGCCUCCCUGAGGAAAGAGCUGUCCCACUACAUGAGCAUCGGAGACACUCUGUAUAACAGCCCGCUGAGCAUCUCCCUGGACGGUCUCAAGUUCAGCGACGACGCCGCGACCGAGCCGAACAACGACGAGGCUCUCCAGGGAUACGAGAGCGGCUUCGCCAAACUGGCCAACGCCAUCGCCGACGACAACCGCGUCUCCACGCCGAUGAAGGAAGGCCUGUUCUUCCCCGUGCCCAGCCUCGUGGACGACCUGCUCAGCGAACUUAACAUCUCAGAGAUCCAGAAGCUCAAACAGCAGCUGAUACAGAUGGAGCGAGAGAAGGUCAACCUGCUGUCCACCCUGCAGGAUUCCCAAAAACAGCUCGAGCAGGCGCACGGCGCUCUGUCAGAGCAUCAGGAGAAGGUCAGCCGUCUCACAGAGAACCUCAACGCCAUCCGCAAGCUCCAGGCCAGCAAGGAGCGCCAGUCCGCCUUGGACAACGAGAAAGAGCGCGACAGCCACGAGGACGGAGACUACUAUGAGGUGGACAUCAACGGACCAGAGAUCCUGGAGUGCAAGUACAAGGUGGCUGUGUCCGAGGCAGGAGAGCUGAAGGAGGAACUGAAGACUCUGAAAACAGAAUAUCAGGCUUGUCAGUCACGCUACGAAGAGGAGCGCACCCGCCUGGAGAGCGAUGUCACAACACUGGGAGAGAAGCUGGCAACUUUGGAGAAAACCAGUCAGGCGGACAGAGUGGAGAAGACCAAGCUCGAGAAGGAGCUGCGCAAGCUGAGCGACGUUGCAGGCGAGUCCCAGGGUAGCCUGAGCGUGGCUCAAGAUGAGCUAGUCACCUUCAGCGAAGAACUGGCCACGCUCUACAACCACGUGUGCAUGUGCAACAACGAGACCCCCAACCGCGUCAUGCUCGACUUCUACAAGGAGGGUAAAGGUGGACGUAGCAGCCCAGAGGGACGUGGCCGUCGCUCUCCCAUCCUGCUUACCAAGGGCCUGUUCCCUGAGCCUGUUAAGAGCGACCCCGGCGACGGGGGCCCCUCGCUGCCCUCUCCUGUGUCUGACCACCGCCGCGAGCCCAUGAACAUCUACAACCUGGUGGCCAUCAUCAGAGACCAGAUCAAGCACCUUCAGCUCGCUGUGGACCGCACCACCGAGCUGUCGCGCCAGAGGGUGGCCUCUCUGGAGCUCGGCACCGUGGCGGACAAGGACAAGGAAGCCUGCAUGGAGGAGAUCCUCAAAUUAAAAUCCCUGCUCAGCACCAAGAGGGAGCAGAUUGCAACGCUGAGGACCGUCCUCAAGGCCAACAAGCAGACUGCUGAAGUUGCUCUGGCCAAUCUGAAGAGCAAGUACGAGAACGAGAAGGCCAUGGUGACGGAGACCAUGAUGAAGCUGAGGAACGAGCUCAAAGCCCUGAAGGAGGACGCGGCCACGUUUUCUUCUCUGCGAGCUAUGUUCGCCACGCGUUGUGACGAGUACGUGACUCAGCUGGAUGAGAUGCAGAGGCAGCUCGCCGCCGCCGAGGACGAGAAGAAGACCCUCAACUCGCUGCUGCGCAUGGCCAUCCAGCAGAAACUGGCCCUGACGCAGCGCCUGGAGGACCUGGAGUUCGACCACGAGCAGACCCGCCGCGGGGGCACCGGCACUCGGGCCAAGGCCCGCAGCAAGGCCGCAGGCGGCGGCAGCAGCGGCACCGCCUCCUCCACCACCAACCCCAACGUAAGUCAGAGUCUCACCUGCUCUGGCUCUGGCCGACCAGAGCUCAACAACGCCAUGCCGAACGGCAUUCUGGGAGGCCCCGUUGUGUUUUGCAGCGAAAAGUACAAGAUCUACUGCGACUGAGGUGGCUUGGGAAGUCUGCAAGGGACCGCUGUGUACAGAGGGGCGGGGCGGGCGCCUCCCUCCCUGCCUUAGUGUUAAUGAGCCCCACUCGCUCACUCGCUUAGCUCCCUGACCAGCCUGCGCUCUAACCGGCUGCUUGUGUAGUGUGUGCUAGUGUAAACGCUUCGGGGUUGUGUACAGUGUGCUCUAGACGUCUGGACUGUAGUAGACAUAUAUACGGCAUGUGGAUUCUCAGGCCCCGGUUGUAUUAGGGGUGGAAGGUUUUGUGGGUAUUAUGAUGAUGUGUGUCUAUUCUUUCCGCUCGCCCGGCGCCGUGCGUGCGUACGAUGUAACGAACGAGACGCGGCUUCUGUGCUUGUUUGUUCUGCCCCUCCCCCUGAGUGUAUUACCUGGCGACAGUAACACACUGUGGGGAGGUGGGAACUCGUAACAGAGGCGUCCUCUGCUCUUUCAGCUCGACUAUUGGCAUUGGUGCUCCUUUGGAAAAUACAUAAAUAAAAGCGCCUCUUUGUCCUGGCCCCCCAGGACUGACCGGUGUCCAGUAGCCCACUUGUCUAUAAUCAGGUCACUCUGAAAUGUUUACAAAGACGAAAAGGAACUGAUAUAAGAAAAUAUGCAAACUCCCUUUUUGCUGUCUUGCCAGGGGAGUACAGAAUGAUUCUACACAGAAAUUCAAAACCUCCAAGGUGGGUUUUUAUUGGGCAGAAAAAGGAGCACCUGUGACCACAGGUGUUUUAAUUUAAGGAUGAUUUUAAAGCUGUGAUGACGGUCGCACAGAUACAGUAGGGUUGUUUUAGAAUCGCAUGGCUUUGCAGCUAAAAAGAAGAAAAAAAAAUGCUUUGGGAACCGUUUUUCUGUUGUUGUCAGGCGUGUGUGUGUGUGUGUGUGUGGUACAAGACAAACCCGUGUGCCACAGGGCUCUACAUUGUAAGCGACACUGGUGUCUGGUGCAAAUACAGCAGGGCUAUCAACUCCAUGUGACUACGCCACGUCGCACUGGAUUGUGUCAGAGCCAUAUCGUGAAGAGAGGGAGAGAAAGUUUGACAAAUCGUCCUCGUACUCAAAUGAAGUGCACUUCAGCAAAGGUGCCUCAGGUUCAGUAAAAGAAAUAAUGAAUUACUGUGAGCAGAGAUACAAUAUAGUUUUAAUGAACAAAGAGGGUUUUUUUAUUAAAGAAAAAAUGAAAAUAUGGAGCAAAUCCUAGAAGAGCACAAAUCAGUAAGGCGCCCACAUCUGGAUGAAAACAUGGCAGAAGUGCCUGUUGACCCAAACACUCGAUGUAUUCUUCCGUCGUUGAUGUAAAGCCCUGUCCUCGCGUCUCGACUCGAACCUAAUCUCAUCACUGCAAGUUCUCCUCGCGUCUCUCAUCGCUCUGUGUCACCAUGACGACCUUCUCUCCCGUAGAUGGUCCGCAGCUUGUUCCCCCAGCAUCAUCGUCACCGCUCACCCUUUAAAUAGACAGAGGGGAAACGUCAGGUAACGUCCUCACAUGUGUUGUGUGUGGUUUUUUGCCUGCGUGUGCGCGUGUGUGCGUGUGUGUGUGUGUGUGUGUGCGUGCAUCAAAGUGAAGGGCCCUCGUCACGUGCGUGCUCUGCUUCUAACCUUUUGCAAACGGAGGGUCGCUCAUUUCUCUAUCCUGGUUAUUUUUGUGAGGACAAAGCGAUGUAUACACAAUAGCUUUAACCCCCUUUUGCUCGCUAGCAUUAUUACGCUAAUAGGAAAACAAACAUAGAAGUGGGGCUCUCGUGUUUAAAUCCAUAGACACAUUAGCUUUAUGAUGCUAAAAGCAGGGUUGACGAUGUUGACGAGGGAAUCUUGCAAGAUUUGUUCAAAUUAGGGUUGUUUUUCUACCUUUACUAAGCUAUAUGAUAUAUAUUCUUAAUAUGAUCGCGAACUUGCAGGAUUCUUUGACAGUAUUUUUCCGUCCUCUCUAAUGUACAAAGAGGGGAGUUCAUGUAAUCCUCCCAAACGUCGGCAGUCAACCCUGCUUGAGUGUGUCUCCAUAAGCCACAGCACACACAAAGCUGCAGCCUCGCGAGAGGUGAAUCACUCUUACGUUUCACUUACAAGUGCGAUAUAUAUAUAUAUAUAUUCUGUUUUCUAUCAGUUUGCGCUGACAGAGAAGAGGUUCGGGGGAGUAGAGAAAUGGGGGAGAACUACUCGUGUGUUUAAACCAGCGUCUGAGAAAAUAAGAAGAAAUCGAGAUAAGAGAAAGGUAGACACGCUGGUGAGGAAAUCCAGAUCCAGAUCCAGAUCGAGACGUGACUGUUUGGAGUCAUUGAUUCGAAUGAGUUGAGCCCCUGUUUGAAAUCACUGUCACAUUUUUUUUAUCUGGUGUCCUAUUAACAGCUUUGCCACUCUAAAAGGCUCCUCCUACCUCUGCUUGCAGGCUCCGCCCACUUCACUUUUGAAAGUUUUUGUGACACAUGACGUUUCUGAUUUCUUGUAAAGCCUGCAUGUCAAAAGCUUUUUUUUUUAUUUUUGUUGGUAUUAACCUGCAUGUGGUGAGAGAAAGACACCCCCGUCUCCUCUGACAGGGCGUGGCUUCAGUGACUUGUGAGGUUCUCGGCUUCCUAACUGUGUUCCUAGCUGUGUCAAUGAAAGAAGAAAUAACACAUAACGGCUUCUGUCGCUUUGACUAAUCGCAGCUGUCGUGGACUGGGGCUGUCACCUUUCGAACCUUACAAAUGUCCACCAGAGGGUGCUGUGAGCACAGCCCCGCAGUGACCAAGGUUAAAAAGUGACAGUCUCAGCUGCUGAGCAUGAGAACAGUUUGCUUGGAGUUGACCUGUGUGACGCUGAUGCUGACCCUCAUGUUUGUUCCCUUCACUCCUGCUGUCGUUUACAGUAGUUCCGCGCAGACGGCGAGGUACCGACACAAGGGCCACGCCGCCGCCGCCGCCGCUGAUUGAGUUUCCUUGAACACAAGUUAGCGUCACACACUAUUUUUAAAAGUGACUUUAAUCACUAAUUUAGAUAUUUGACUACACUUUUGCAUGCUGCUGCUAAUGGAAGCCAGUAUCUCACAAGACCAUGAGUUGACCACAGGCUGUGAUUGGCUAUAAUCAAAGCCUCCAAUGAGACGGGGGAGGGGGGUGUUUUGUUUUUCUCUCAGUGUAAAUCACAACCUUUUUUUUUAUUUUGUUGUUGUUUUAGUUUAUUAUUUACCUAAUCUGUGCACUUUCGUUAUAUAGGAUUAUAACAGGCUAUUAUUAACCUCUAGGAAAGCGUGGUAGUGCUAUGGUUUGUGAGUAAUUCAGUAUAGAUUAUAAAGACACUACAGGAUUAUUAUACGUCCUCUCGAAUAAUCCGACUAUUUUACUCCAGUCAAAGGGCUUCACAAACCACAGACCUACUGCUGAAAAGCUUCAUCCUCAAGAUUUGAUCCAUGAAAUGAUCAUUUUUGUGUUACAUUGUUAUUGCUGUCUGUUUUCCUUUUAUGUUUAUGUUUGUUCGACUGCCAUGUUGUACACACACACAAAAAAAAAAAUCCAGGGUGAUCAAAUUCUGGGGUUUUUUCAUGUAUUUAUUAUUCCUAGGAAUAGUUCGAAAUAACACACAACAAAACUUGACGACGCCCUGACUUCAGAAAACAGGGGGUAAGUUGCAUUUUUUUGGGGGUAAAAAGCGACGACGACGACGCGAUCUUCCCAGCUUCUUACCGAGGGCGUUCCACUGAUACGGGAUCACUGACUUCCAGAAUUCUCUGCAAGUGCAACCAUUAAAUUCCAAAUUGGAAUUGUUUCAUUCUCUCUUCGUUUAUCGUGCCAAAUCUUGGUGCACCGUUUAGGUCGAAACAGAAAAAGAAGACAAGCCGCCACUAAACAGACGGGUGUGAUUUCGGGGGGUUUUGUGUUUGGUUUGUGUUUUUGUUAAGUUCUUGGUUUCUGACCAGUAGUGCCUUUCAUUGUUUCAAGGGAGAAUUUUAGACCUAGUGUUUUGUGUUUUGGUGUUUUUUUUAUAGGCGAGGACCUCGGGGGUUCAAAAAUGACUGUGAGCAGCAAUAAAAGUGCAAAAAAAAGAAAGAAAGAAAAAGGGGGUGGGCAUUUCCGCCCCUUUUCCGCACGCGCGAGAUGAUAGUUUUGAAAUUAGCUCAAUAAAAAGUGAAAUUGUGUUGAAUUCUGCAGGUCAGUGAUCCACUCAAUAAAUUCAGGGGUUAUUUAAAAUGUUUUUUCCCUUUGGCCUCCUGUUAUUGAACAAAAUGCUCCAAGCAUCUAUGGUGUGUCGGGGUAGAUCGGUGUACUAUUGGAAGCAUCUACGUAUCUCUAGCUUUGUUUGGUGAAGGUAAUGUGAUAACAAUAGUAUUGUGGGAAAAAAAUAAAUGUGCAGAGAGCGCAUUUUAUCUUUUUCUUUUUGUCUAUUUUUUUUUUUAUUUUGAAAUAUUAUUAUUGUUAUUAUUAUUGAAUCUUUUAUUGUUUGUUUUUUUUACACAUCUUUGAGCAUUAUAUGUUUUCAGGAAACAGAAAACACACAAAAAAAAAUAGGCAUCAACAAGCUUGAAUAGUGCCAUGACAGCCAAUGCUUGUUUGUUGAGGCGUUAAAAGUUACCAAUACGGACGAGAAGCUAAAAAAAAAUAAAGAAAUAAGUGCAAUUCAGAUACAGUUUUACAUUUAAAAGAAAAGAAGAGAAAGUUUUCUGUUUGCUGGAAGCGAUAGCGUCGUCACAUUAAAACGAUUUAGCUGCGCAAACUUGAUAUUGUCAUAUUGUUGUUUUCAGUAUUGAUCCAUGCGGAGAGUUUGAUAUCUUUAUAUGAAAUAACGGUUUCACCUGUACGUUGGUAUUUAUUUGAAUUGUCAUGCAGUACUGUAUUCUUAUCAAUAAUGUGCAUUAUGAUUAGUGGCAUAUUGAUUACAGCUAAAAUGUCAUAUGCAUGUUUCUCAGUCAUGGGACCUUUACACAGAAGUGAAAAACAAACAUGUCAAACAUUUGUCAGGGUGUUAUCAUUGUUAUUAUGAUUAUUCUUAUUAAGAAAGAGAAAAACUGAGGAAAAAAAAAAAACCUAAGGAAAAGUCUGAUGUAUUACUGCUGAAUUAAUCCGACAAGAGUGUUUUUGUUUGUUUUCCAGUAGGGAGGAGGUCUCUCUGUGUAAAGGUAGUCAUACUGACUAAAAACAAAAAAAAAACAAUAAAAAAAAUGAAUUAAAUUUAAA